CUCAAGAUACCCGCGGAACUUUACCAAGGUUGCUACCUCACGAGUACUCGGUGUUCUUGUUAACAGUAUGUUACUUAACGGUGAUAGUGAUGUUGUUGGUGAUGCAGCUAAGUUUCACAAGCCAGGAGAAAAUUAUAAUUCUCCCGGAUAUGUAGUAACUAAGAACACAAUGCGACUUCUGAAAGAGCAUCUGAAGCAGACAGGUGGUAAAGUGGUUACCAGAUUUCCACCAGAACCGAAUGGUAUUUUGCACAUUGGUCAUGCCAAAGCGAUUAACUUCAAUUUUGGUUACGCAAAGAAAAAUGGUGGCAUAACUUAUCUGCGGUAUGAUGAUACCAAUCCCGAAAAGGAAGAAGCGGAGUUUUUUGAGGCCAUAGAGGAUAUGGUUAGAUGGCUAGGACUUACUCCUUACAAAAUUACUCAUGCUUCUGACAAUUUCCAGCAGCUAUACGAAUGGGCAAUUAAGUUGAUUAAACUGAAACUAGCAUAUGUUUGUCAUCAGGCCGUUGAAGAAAUACGAGGUUUUAAUCCUCCACCAUCGCCAUGGAGGGAUAGACCAGUUGAGGAGUCCUUACAACUUUUUGAAGACAUGAAGAAUGGCAAGGUAUGUAUUCACGUUCCAAACCACUCCUAAUAAACAGCCUCUUAAACUUAUCAUAGUAAAAAGAGAUCCUGGUUGUCGAAGCUUACAUAGGAGACUCUUUGAGUAUAUCCAAACUAGAAGUUAUUGGUGUCAUUUAGUGUCGAUAUUAUAUAAAACACCUGAUAUUGAAGAAGGAAAAGCUACUUUGCGUAUGAAAGUAACACUGGGAGAUGGUAAAGUUGAUCCAGUAGCUUAUCGAAUAAAAAUGACACCCCAUCAUCGUACCGGUACUACUUGGUGUAUUUAUCCUACUUACGAUUAUACACAUUGCUUGUGUGACUCCAUCGAAAAUAUUACACAUUCAUUAUGCACUAAAGAGUUCCAAUCCAGGCGUCCUGCUUAUUAUUGGCUUUGUAAUUCUCUAGAUAUUUACUGUCCAGUUCAGUGGGAGUAUGGCCGUUUAAAUUUGUACUAUAGUGUAGUAUCUAAACGCAAAAUUUUAAAGUUGAUUGAAUCUGGUAUUGUAAAUGAUUGGGAUGAUCCACGACUAGUAACUCUAACAGCACUUCGUCGUCGUGGUUUCCCACCUCAAGCUAUUAACACAUUUUGUGAACGCAUUGGUGUUACCAUGGCUCAGACAACUCUUGAUCCAUCUGCUUUAGAUGCUUGUGUACGAGAUUAUUUAAAUGAUCAUGCUCCACGCGUAAUGGCUGUUUUAGAACCUAUUUGUGUAACAAUUACAAAUUGGUCUGAAUUAUAUGGCGAUAAAUCUUCUAUUGAGCUAACAGUGGCCGAUUUUCCAGCCAUUCCGGACGGCAGCACACACAGUGUUAUCUUACAACCAGAAUUGUAUAUAGAAAGUACAGAUUUCCAAGAAGUAGCUGAUAAAGGCUAUCGCCGUUUAACCCCCAGCCAAUCAGUUGGUCUUCGUUACACAGGUCUUGUUUUAGAGUUUACCGAAUUGAGAAAGGAUUCCAGUGGAAAAAUUGUCCAUUUAUUUGUAAAGGGUCGGAAGGUUGAAGACACUACAAAACCAAAGGCUUUCAUUCAUUGGGUGUCGAAUCCUCUUAAAUUUGAGGCUCGAUUAUACGAUCGUCUAUUUACCUCCAAAGAACCAGAAAGUGAAAAGGGUGGAUUCAUGUCUGUGAUAAAUCCAAAUUCAUUAGUUAUAAUUCCAGAUGCUUUAGUCGAACAAUCAGUUAAAGAUGCUAAAGUUUUCAGUGCAUAUCAAUUUGAACGUAUCGGUUUCUUUUCUGUGGAUCCUGAUACAAACUCUGAACGUAUGGUAUUUAAUCGAACAGUGGCCCUGAAAGCAGAUCCUGGUAAAACAGUUUAACUCACGAUUAAUUCUCAGGAAUCAGAAUCUAAUUCUUGUGUGAAUUCUUGUGUAAUUUAUAAUACAUUUUCUUACGUGGUA